AUGAAUGUUAAGCAUUUGAAUAAGACAGAAACGAAAGUCAUUGAUCAGUUAAAUUCAUAUCAUAAAAAGUUUAAAACAAACGAUACUCGAUCAAUAUUAACAACAACAAAUUAUUAUCCACAAAAAUAUAUUUCUGCACAUACAUGUUAUGCAAGUACACUUUUCAAAGAUUAUUUAAGAGAUCAACCUACUUAUCUUCAAGAAAAUUGUGUAAUAGAAUAUAGUGGAUUUAAAACAAAUUUAGGUGAAAUUCAUGCACACUUAACCAGACAAGGACAAAUAAGGAAAAAACAACAAAAAUAUCUUGGACAAAAUUGGAAUGCUCAUAAUGAACAACGAUAUGUCAGUCAAAAACGACAAUCAAAACCCACCAGUUUAUUGCAACCGUAUACGUCAGAAUCAAAACAAUCACUUUCACACUCUCAGAAACAUAUAUCAAAUAAUAAUAAUGACGACGACGGAUUUCGUGAAUAUCUGAUUAAUGCAUUGAGUUCCAAAACGUCAAACAACAAUCGCCAUCAUCACCACCAUGUUAAUCUAUGUCGAGCAGUAACAAAUUUACGCGAAAAUGAUCGGAAACGAGUAUCAUUGUCAUCCAGUGAUUCUCAAGAUCAUGAGGUUGAAUACUAUAUGAAUCGACAACAACGUAUCAUUAUGGAACAGGCAAGAACUGAUAACUCAGACAAGGAACAACCGACGAGGACGAGAACUAAUGGUCCAAUUAUACCAGCAAUUAUUCAUCAGAUAGACAGAUUAACAACAAAUAAGUCUGAUUACACAACAGAAACAGUGUUCAUUACUGGAAAUAAUGAUAUUAGACGACCUAUUCCUAUAAGACCCACAAUUAUCACAGGCGGUGAACAACAUCAUAUAAUAAUUGAUCAGUGGAAAGAGAAAACGGAUGAAACGGAUGAGAAAAUAGCUGUUUCCACAAAUAAAUCUUUUAAAGCAUCAAACGAUGAUAAAUCUCAAAUUAUUCAUCAUCAGAGUCGUUCCUGGUAUCAUGAUCGUACACAAUCAUGGCGAAAACUAGCUGCUAAUAUUCUUCCGUCACAAUUAUGUAAAAUUCAACGGUUUCAACAAGAAGCGCAACGUAAAAAUAUCAUGACAAUACCAUCAAAAGGAAAACAACAAUUUGAACAACUCAUUAAACCAUUAUUAAAAAUGAAUAAACAACUCCCGACAAAUAAAUCCCAUUAUCAACCGAAUUCGUUUGAUAAACAACAUUCACACGUUGUCCAACAAAUAAUGCCAUCACCAUUACACCGCAAUCAACAAUCUACUGGUCAACAACUCGAAAAUAGUGAUAUUUCAUCUUCUGUAACAUUUCAACAGAUCAAUGAACAACCUAAAGAAACACCGCUCGUUAAUGAUAAAGUCGAACAUCUCACAUCACUAUCGAUGUCGUCGUUCUCAUCUACUUCUGUCUCCUCUUGUAACAUAUUGUCCAUUAAAUCUGCUGAUAUGAACAAAAUAUUAGAGUCAUCAGAUAUCACAAAAAGUUCACUAAGAACCGCUCAUCCUUAUCUUUUAAAUUCUUGUCAAUCGUUCACAAAAUCAUCUUUACUACUGAAUGAUUCAAAAACUAUUUUACAAUCGAUUGAAUCACCCAUUCUCAAAAUAACAUCCUUACAAAAUAGUUUGACACUAACGGACACAAAUUUAAAUUAUCCUUUGAAUGAACUAACCUUUUUUGAUAAUCCCACUACACAAACAUCACCACCACAAAUCAGUGCUCGGUUUUUGGUAUUUGAUCAAUUGUUAGCAUCAUUUUUAUCUAUUAACCAUCAGAAAUGGUUAUUACCAUUACCAUCAUUACGUGUUGAAGAAAAUUUUCAACAAUUAGUCCCAUCAGAUAUUAAUAAUCUCAUUAAUCAUCUACUUAUAUUUGACGAGAAUCGUGAUGAUGGCAGUAAAAAUCAUCAAGAAUCAACAACAAUCGAUGAACUUUUAGUUAUGUCGAAGCCUAUUGAUGUUGUUUUGAAUUCAGAAAUAGAUUUAUACCGUUUAAAAAAUUUUUAUAAUAAUGUACAAAAAUGGAAUGAUUCAAUGAUUGAAGAAUGUAACAACAACGAUAGAAUAAUCGAAGUAAAAAAUGAUAGUGUUCAUAGUUUAGUAGUGCACCAAACACCAACAAAAUCAUCAGAGCUAUUGUGUAGAACUCCACCAUAUAUGAUUCAAGAAUUGUGUCUUCUAAUUCGAAAACUUUUAGAUCAACAACGACAACUAAAUAAUCAUAAAUACGAUUUACAACCAACAAUUGUUCUUCAGUUAGAAAUUUUACUUGAUCAUUUGACAGGUGAAAACACAUUCCAUGACAAAAAUUUUCAAUUACAAAUUUAUCGGAAUAAUGGCAUCUUUCAACAGACAGAUAAUCAUAUUCAAAUAUAUGAAAAUAACAAUACAUCUGUGUAUGAAGAUACUAGCCAAUAUCAGAAUAUCAUAUGUUCAAAAGACACAGUUACUCGUGCAAUAUCGACAGAUGAUUUAAUAUUUCAACAGCAAGGACAAAAACAAAUAUCUGUUGUUGCUACACAGACAAACAAUACUGAAAUGCUCGAUAAACAACAACAAUAUUCAUCUUCUCCAUUUCUCAUAGAAUUUAGUGAUAAUAAUAAAUUAAAAUGUAAAAAAACAAAACAUAAUGAGCACGGUGAUGGUGUAGAACAAUUAUCAAAAACAUUAUCCGAAGUCUAUCAUUGUCCAAAAAAAUUAUUAAAAACCUAUAGUGAUGAAUAUUUAUUUUUACCACAUUUUAACGAAACACCGUUUGAUCAACUACAAAAUACUACUGAUCAUAUGAAAGACACCUUAGUCUUGAAUAGUGAUGUUGAAAUCUCCAUUUCCUCGUCUUUAUUUUCCAUGGCAGACGAAAGUGAAACAUUUACUAUCGAAAAAUCUCUUCUACCAUUACCAUCUGUUGCUAAUAGUCCAAGUAAGACGGAAAAUUCAAUAUCAAGUAUGAAAACAUUAAAUUUGAAUCCACAUCUUACAAGUGCUCAUAGUGACACAUAUAUUUAUUCCAUUCGACGUUCAUCAUCAAUAAAUUGUAGAAAAAUUGGAUCUCAAACGUCAUACAACACACUAAUGAAAAAACUCAAAUCUAAUAAUAAUAAUAAAUAUCAAUGUUUAUUACUGAAUAGAAUGCAAAAAUUUUCAAAUUUGAUUGAAUUGGAAUCGUCGACGGCUGUUGAAGCAAGUACCGAAUUUACACCUGAUUUUUUUGGUGGUGAUAGUGUGUUGAAUAAUAGAACCGAACAAUUUGGUAUUGAUGAUGCGGAUGCCGAACAAAAAAAAGUUGAUGAUCGUACAAGUAUAUCCGAUGGUGGCACAAUGUCAUUGCCAACUGAAGAUGAAAUACAGAAAGAAACUCGUACAAAACAAACACAAACUAAACCGAUCGACGAUGAUUUAAGUAAUCAAGAAGCAACACUUACUGAAUCAUUUGGCUCUUUUGAACAACAAAGUUUAGAUUUUAAUAUUGAUAAUGAAAAUCUCAGAGAGAAUGAAGCGCAGCAACGUUCUCGGAAUGGUGAAAAAAUUUCCGGUGAAGAGGAGCAAUCUUAUGCUAAUUUUGAAAAUCAGCUGCAAAAAGUCUUCGAUCCUUAUUCAAAAAAUUGCGAUGCAGUCAUUAAUCUUAAAAAUAAUUUUGUUAAUAUGGAACAUUUUAUUGAAAAGAGUUGGAUGCAACCACAACAAUCACCAUUAGCAGAUGAUGAAAUAAUUUCUAAUCACAAAUGGCAUGAAGUCAAAAUAUAUUUGCAACAGCACAAUAUGUCUGACAAGACGUUGCCUAUAGAACAUCAAAGUCUGAUAUCAGAUUCAUCCCUAUCAACUUCGUUUCAACAAGCAAAAGUCAGUGAGAGGAUAGAAAAUAUAAUUGAAGACGAUUUAAAAUCAGUGUGUGAUGUUGAAGAAGAAGAUAGUAAAUAUGUACAGAAAAGUUUAGCUAUUGAUGUAUUCACAACAUCAUUAUUCGAUAAUAAACAAAACUUGAUGGAUAAAUCUAUUGAUUUUUACAGAACGAAAGAACAUGAAAUGACUACUAACUAUGAAUUUGUUCAUACAAUUCAAAUACCGAAUUAUGGAUUGAGUUGCAACGAAGAAAAUUCUCACAAAAAAUAUUCUAAAAUUGAAUUUAAAAAACGAUCGAUAUCGACUAAUAACAGCAACAUCAGUUCAGGUUUCAAAGUCAAACAUGUGAAUAUAAAAAAACAAUUAAUUGCAGAUAUAAAUAAUCGUGGACGAUCAACUAGUAUUGCUGGUAAACAGGUACGAGUUCAUUCUAGACAAUCAACACCAUCACCCCUUAAACAACAGCAAAUACCAACAUAUCUAACAUUUUUAAAUCAAAAUAAUAAUAAAUCGCAAUGUUUAUCAACUGAAGUGAAUUAUAAUGACAAUUUUAAUAAAUUAAUUAUUCGAAGUUCUUCCGAUUGCAAUUCUUAUUCACAUUCUGAAAAUCUGAUAUCGGUAAAAAAUAAAGAAGACUCGAACGAUAGUCAAAGUUUACAUUUAGCAGAUUUAGAAUCCAUAAGUCUGUCAAACCGUAUCUCACAGCAACAGAUGUGUUCAACGCAUUAUCAAUUGAACAACAAAUCAAUUUUUGCACAAGCAUAUCUAACUUUACCAUCAGUCGAUGAUGGAAAAAGUGCUCAUCGUUCUUUACCAGAACAAGGUCAAAAUUGUUCACCAUCAAAAGGUGUUGUUAGUUCAUUGAUUCAACGGGUAUUUAAUUUCAAAUCGAGUCAAAUGGUGGAUGAAAAUGAACUGAAGAAAACUUCUGAUAAAGUCACUUUUAAAAUGGCUAAAUUAAACUCAAAUAAUAACAAUAGUGAAGAAUUAGAUGAAAAACUGAUUAUGUGGUCAGAGUUAUCUCGUAUGAGUUAUAAUGAAUUAUGUCAACGACGAAAGUAUACUAUUGCUACUGCAUCGAAAAAUAAAGAUACAUUCAAAGAACUCGAUCAUAAUUUUGAUUAUAAUAUUAAAUUAGCUGAAAAUGUAUUAAAUAAUCUUCAAAUGAUAGAGAAAAAAAACGUUUUCCCACUAGUAACAUCACUAGUGUAUAUCAAUAAGAAAAUAAAUGUUGCAACAUCGCCAAUAAAAUUUGUUUCAUCAAACACUUCGAUUAAACUAACAACAUGGGCCCAUAUACGAAGAUUUGUACAAGAACAAGAUAAUAUUACUAAAUCAUUUUCGCUAUCUAAAACAUGUUAUAAUGUUAAACAUUUACAUGUGACGAUUAAACAGUUUCUAUUAAUAUUUGAAAAUAACGUUAUUUCAGCCAAGAGAAAAAAGAAGAGAAAGAAAGCUCGAUAA